AUGAGGAUUUUAACCGUGGUCUUUUUGCUGCCAACCGCGCGCCGCAGCACUGGGGAGAGCGAGUUCAAGCGCGUGCAGGAGGACGAGGAGGAGUUCCAGAAGGGCCCGCUAUCGGUGCUCAUGCACAGCGUCAAGAACAACUCGCAGGUGCUGAUCAACGUGCGCAACAACCACAAGCUGCUGGCACGCGUUAAGGCCUUCGAUCGCCACUGCAACAUGGUGCUGGAGAACGUCAAGGAGAUGUGGACCGAGGUGCCCAAGUCGGGCAAGGGCAAGAAGGCGGCCAAGCCUGUCAACAAGGACCGCUUCGUGAGCAAAAUGUUCCUGCGCGGAGACUCGGUCAUCAUCGUGCUGCGGAACCCGCACGCCUAGGGACCUCCUCCUUUCGUGUAAGCCUUUUAUUGCGAUGGAAUAGACGGCGGCCAGCCUCUUU